UAUUAGUGUCAAGAAGAACAUUCAGCUAUAAAUAAUUGUUGAGAUAAGCUGAAGUUUUUAAUAUUUAUGUCAUUUCAUGGGAGAUUUGAGAAACACAGUCUUCUUUAAAUUGCUCUUUACCUCAUUUUAUGAGUUUUUAAAAACUAUCUUACUUUCCUUUUUAUUCAAAAGACAUGGAUGUAGAUAAGAUUAUAAGCAAGAUUCGGAAUGGGGACUUUAAAGAUGUGAAACGAUUUAUCAAAAAAAAUCCUGAUAAAGUCAACAACAGAAAUUCAAAAGGUGUUACGGUUCUUAUGGCUGCCUGUGAACAAGGCAAUAAAGAGUUAAUAACCUUAUUGACAAAAUCUGGCGCUGAUCUCAACAUCGGUGACGAAGACAAGUGGACAGCAUUGCAUUAUGCAGUGGAGAACCACGAAACGGAUGUUGUGGCCUUCUUAGUCUCCAGUGGAGCAAAUGUUAAUAAGCAGACCUCACGGGGCAACACACCUCUACAUUGGGCUGCGUGGAAGAACUAUGAAGAUGUGGUCAAAAUCCUGUUAAAUAGCAAAGAAAAUAACAAUUUACAGGUUAAUCAGCAAAAUAAUGAGGGUCAGACAGCUCUAUAUUAUGCCUGUUACUUUGGACAAAUAAACAUUGUUGAACUUCUCCUGCAACAGAAUGGCAUCGAUGUUAAUGCUGUGGAGAACAAAGGUUGGACAGCUCUCCAUGUUGCCUGUGAACAUGGACAAACAAACAUUGUUGAACUUCUCUUGCAACAGAAUGGCAUCGAUGUCAAUAAGGUGAACAUCGAGGGUGACACCCCUCUCCAUCGGGCAGUUCUAAAGUAAGUCCCCAAUGGAUUUGGAUUAUCCAAAUCUGUUUCUUUAAUGUUUGUUUUCUUGUUUCGAGUCAUUCAUGUCAUAAUCCCACCAUGGGUCGUCAUGCUUCACCCCCUCUCUCUCUCUCACACUCUAAUGACACCGUAAUCUAACUUCAUUAAUUAAUCAUCAUAAUUAUUGUUGUUGUUGUUGUUACCUGACUGGAUUCUUUACUUCAUCUCAUCCUUCGUUACCUCAACGUUACAGGUUCAAAUCCUCUCCCUUCUUCCUUUCAUUCCAUGUAAAACACCUCACCCACCCCCUUCUCUUGAAAUUUUCCUCUUUCCUCUGGCCCUGGGCUAAAUGCAGAAUCAUCCCCUUACUUUGAUCCGUUUGUGUUCCAAGUUCAACUCCUGGGCUCAAAAUCUGUACCAGUAAUAUCCAGGGGUUCAUUUAAUAAAUUGUCCUCCCUCUUUACUCCUGUUCUUGUGUCUGAUUACUGUUGGAAAAUAUUCAGAUAAAAUUUACAAGUGUUGAUAUCUGGACGGUUUCCUAGUCUUCUGAUUGUUUACGGAAUAUGUGGUGUAAUUUUUAAUUAUGUAUCUUAUGCAAAUAACCUACAUCUUCUUUACGCUGGUUAUGGUAAAUCUGGGUUUUGAGUUUAUACCCUUCUUAUAAAUUUUAUCUCAAUAUUUUCCAACCUUUGCCUUUUAUUAACCCUUACCUCUU